AGAAGGUGUUUUUGACCAAGAAGGUGGUAGCCUGAGCGUGGAUUGAGAGUAGGAGACAGAAGAGGGGAGGAGUCACUGAUUGAUGCUAAUAAAUAAAAGGCCCCUCUUUUUAGUCUAGGGACCAGGACGCCAGGAGAGCUGUCCCACAGACAAGAGCUGCAGGCUGGCGGGGAAGCGACGGCCCAGCAGCCCAGGAUCUCCAGCUGCCCUCAGUGGGAAGAAAGUGACAGGGCAAGAGAGACAGAGUGAGAGAUUCCUCCCUGCACUGGCACAAUGCGUGCUGUUAUCAUCCUUACGCUCCUGGCUGUCUUGAUGAUGGCUGCUACUUGCUACGAGUCCCAUGAGAGCAUGGAAUCCCAUGAGUAUCUCAAUCCCUUCAUCAACAGGCGAAGGGCCAAUGACUUCAUACAAGCUGAUUCGAGACUAGAAGCCAUCACUCAGGAGAGGAUCAGGGAACGUAGUAAAGCACCCCACGAACGUCAGAGGGAGAUCUGCGAGGACUACUACCCCUGUGAACUGUACGCUUUCCGCCAUGGCUAUGCUGCUGCUUACAGGCACUAUUUUGGGAGGAGAAGAACCAAGUAAAGGAUGACCUAACCCCACCCUGGGGCCUGGAGCCCAGGGUAUCCUCCCAGAAAAUGCAGUGGCUCUGAAACAUAUUCAGUUGCUUGUGUCCCUGUAUGUUAUCCUGCCUGCUGCUUCUCUCCCAUGUAGCCAUGGAUUCCUACACUGUGUUAAUUAGUGCUGAGCUGAUGUAGCAGAGAUCAGAGCGAGUUCAAGAUGUGGGUGUUUACUACACAAUAAAUUGCUGGUUUGAUACUA